GAGAGUCGCAAAAUCCGUGACUGCAUCCGGCAGUUUGCCGGCGAGAACAGACUUUUAAGACGCGAGCAUCAAGAUGACAAUACUCGCAAUAUCACGAUGAGUGGUCCUACUCCCUCCUUCUCUGAUGCCAGUGCCGAGUCCUCCCAACCAUCUCAGGAUGCCUACGGCCUCUGGCACCAGCAGCGCGUUAACUUCUAUGACCAUGGACAAUGGCAGCAGCAGCCUGCUCAACAAGUCAACUACCAACAUCCGAUGGAGUCUAAUCAGCAACAAGGCAGCUACAGUAGCUAUGACGAGAUGACAAGCAACACGCAUCCAAAUUACCUUCCACCGCCCACUGCUCCGCAGACAGUGAAGCAGUCAAAGAAGAUGCCUUCAGGCAGGACGAUGCAUAUGCCCAUGGGGGACGGGGAUAACAACUCUAAUCGCAGUGACAACAAUACCUUUGGGCGUAGGCCGGGUGCAUGUACCCGGUGCAAGAAAGUCAAGAUGAAAUGUGACUUCGCCCCUGGUGAAAAGGCAUGCCAUCGAUGUAAGCCAAAAGGCUACCGCUGCGUCGUCGAGGCCCCGAAACCAAAGGUUUACGAGCGUGAGCGCCUUUUGGCCGAAAUCCGACAGAAAGAUGCUGUCAUUGAGAGUCUCCUCAAGCAGCUCUAUAAUCCCUACCUUGCGACACCUCAUUCCAUCGACGAAUACCUCAAAUCUAUAUCACCCCCCGAUGCUAACGAACCCAGUGUUCUUGCCUGGCUCCAUCAUCUCAAGUCCGGUGUACAAACCAGCACUGGGAGCUCAUUUAACCAUCUUCGUGAAGGUGAUGAGGAACCGAGCGAAGAAUAUUCAGGUCGAUUAUUGUAUAACCAGCAAUGCGAUCUGCUUGCCCAUAGAAACCAGGAGGUACAAGUUCAGAGGCAGGGAACAAGAUUGACUGGCAGGAUUCCUGAAGGUUCGAUUGGGAUAGAAGCUUUUGGAUUAGCGAACAUCAAAUGGCCUAUCAACGUCCGCAAACCGUCUCCGUCGACAUGCUCACCCUCAUCUGACUUGCGAAAUCGACUUCCGCGACCUGUGCAAGACGCGUCCUCUCCUCUUGAGUCUUCGUAUGUUCCUGUUGGACUUGGACCAGAUCGGACGUUUGCCAGUCAGAAGAGAAAGGAAAGGGAGCGCGAAAAUGUUCAGCAUGAUAUUGCUGGCGAGCCAGAAAGUUCUUCAGAACUCGGAUUUAAUCGGGACCAUUCGAAGGGGCAAAAUUCUCCAGAGAUACUGGCUCUAGGGCUUGUAACAAUGGAGGAUUCCGAACAAUUGUUUGACGUCUUCUAUAAACACAUCAACCCCCUCAUAGGCAUACUCGAUCCGAUCUUGCUUACCCCGAAAUCGACUUUGGCCCGAUGCCCUGUCCUUUUCACGGUUAUCUGUGCGAUAGCGUGUCGAUACCAUCCCCCGAAGUCGAGCAUUUACCUGAUAGCCAUGCAUUUUGCAAAACAUGCAGCCGCAAAUGCCCUCAUUCAAGACGAGAUGAAAAACAUUGAGCUGUGCCAGGCUUACAUUUUGAUGAGUAUCUAUGACGUCCCUAAAAGGAGUUGGGAUAGGGAUCAGAGCUGGUUGUACACGGGUCUGGCAGUUAGUAUCGCGACUGCUCUGCACUUGCAUGAAGUGCCAACAGCGAAACCGGCAAACGAGACACAGGAACGCGAAGCUCUCAAUAGAGACCGUAUCUGGCAUUUAUGCUUCGUCCUUGAUCGAGGAACAGCGAUACUAUUUGGAAAGCCUACGAUCAUCCUUCAUUCAGAGGAGCCUGAGUGGUAUAAACAAUCCCCUUAUAAUCUCGACUAUGAUGUGCAGCUGUGCGGGUACAAUGCCCUUUUGCGCAUCAUAUCAAGGUUCCAUGAUGAAGUGUUGUCAGACCAGAGCAGGCUGAUCCAUUCGGAGAGGGGAAAUUUGCACGACAUCAUCAUGAGAUAUGACGUGGAGAUAGAACUAUUCAAGGAGGAAUGGAGGAGGAAAUUCAGGGCUGGGGGAUUCCACCGUGAAGCUAUGCUCAGGUGUAGUCAGUUACACCUCUUCGUAGCCUGCUUCAGGCUGGUGAUAUUCUCUUUUUGUUUACAUCAAGUGUUUCAUAUGGGUGUAGAAGCUUGGUAUGGUUAUUUCUUGAGUAAGUCCCUCGAAUAUGCCAAAUCAGUGAUCAGAUGUGUCAACGAGGAUUUGGUGCCUAGCGGAUUCAUGCGCUAUGCUCCAGAUCUCCAUUUCAUGUGUAUCGCAUUCGCAGCUGUAUUCCUAUUCAAACUCCUACGACCAGAAUUUUCGUCCCUUCUGGAUACCGCUGAUAGAGAUGAGAGCGUCGAUCUCAUUGGGACAUUGAUUGAGAAAUUUAGCUCAUCCGACAUCGCAGUAGACGAUCGCCAUACCCCGAAACUGUAUGCUAGGUUCUUGGCUACUAUGUUGGACAAGUACCAACGCAGCGGCCAGGGAACGACUUUCGGAGGUUCGCAGACAAUUCUGCAAGGGAAUAUGGGAAUACCCAGGCACAUACCUGGAGAGAUUAUUGGAGAAGGUAGUGAUAACCGACCAUCAUCUGCUGCUCAAGACCAUCAAAACGGAUACGAUUCUAUGGGUUUUACUUAUAGGCUAGAAGCGACCGAUACAGCUGGCACCUGGCCAGUACAGUUUGGGAGCGGCGUUGGGUUUCCUCAUUUCAUUUACGGGAGUGAGAAUAUCAAUGGGAACAUCGGGGCGGGGGGCCAAGGAGGUAGGGGAGGUGAAAUGUUCACGGCCGAGAUCCAAGAACUUAAUAACCCCGAGUGGUUUCAGGGAAUGCCGAUACCUGGGUUUGCGUGGUUCGAGACACACCCUUCUGCAUGAUCGACACUGCAUUGUUGAUAAUUCGUAUUUUAUCAUAGAGUGGCCAUAACGAAUUCCAGUGACUAUGCAUUGAUACUUAUCUCUCUGGCUUCGCUCGGUAGAUACUCGAAAUUCUGUUUUUCUUUCAUGUCUGAGAUCAUAGGAAGACGCGCGGCUACCCCUAGGUGAAUCC